ACCCAGCGGCUGUGUGACGAAGGAAGACGCUCCCGGAGUUUAUGCUGCUGCCGGUCGUCAGUUAGUCCGCAGUUGACAUUCGUUGCGUUUGGUUGCUCGUCUUUCGGCUGUUCAGCUCGAGUCAGCGCGUGGUUCUUCUUCGGAAAAAUUGGCUGACUGCCAGGGACAGGACGAGUGAUAGAGAAGGUUGAAUCGUGAACUCGAAGCAGUGCCUCGCGGAUCGCGUGGUGUCUUUCACGUGCUGCGCGUGUUCAGAGAAAAUUGAAGUGCUGAAUUUGCGAGGCGACUACUGGACGAACUCAGUAGAAGCGCGAAGGAGAAAUUAAAAGGGCUUUAUAGAAAAAAAAACUUUUUGACAUUGUGUAAAAACGCUUAGCUCACCAGCGAUCGCUUGAAAAUAAGCCUGCGGCUUAACAAGUGCAAUUUCUGCGCCAGUGCACAAAAAGGAGUUGGUGUCCGCAAUUCCAGAAAAGAUUAUAAAACCGAAUUACAGCCCGUAAACCGGAUCCCAUGACCAUGUGAAAAAAUCGCGCAGAUGUGGAAAGUGAUUCGUUGCGGUGUCCUGUCCAGCAUACUUAAUGGAAUUGAACAUUGGAUUUGUCAUCGUUGUGAUUUUUUUUAAGCUGAAUUGAAUACUUGUGCCAUUGGGGGAACACACGAUGUUCCAGCAGUGAUCGAUUUGAUUAGAGUGAAAUACGAGUUGCAAGCGAAACAAACAAAACUCUUAUCGGUAGUGAAAUUCGAACAAAUGUUGCGUAUUUUCGUCGAACGCCUGGCGGCGAUGCUCUGCUGGCUGAUGCUGGUAUCAGUUGGCGUCGGGGCCGCAGCUUCCACCGUCAGCUCGGUGUAUGUGGAAAAAUCUGCGUACAAAAAUGUCGUCAUCGAGAUAAGGGAUAACGUUCCGGUGGAAAAUUGCCAAACCAUUCUGCACAACGUCGAGAUUAUGCUGACUUCGGCUUCGCAGUAUCUGUUUUCCGCACUGGACGGACGGCUCUACUUCGGCGACAUCACGAUAAUUUUGCCCCCGCAUUGGCCCAAUUCGUGUAUUCCGUACAAUCAGACGCGCACUUCGGCUAGUGGCGAACGGAGCGAUGUUACCGUGAAGGCACACUCCAAGAUGGAGUCACCCAUGUGGACGAAACAGUUCGCAGGCUGCGGAGAGGCGGGUGAUCAGAUCUACAUCGACGCGGACAUCCUCGGGCGGGACACUAUUGGCAGGGAGUUCGUGCGGGAGUGGGCAAAAUAUCGUUACGGAGUGUUUGACGAAAUUGGUUUCGCCAAGGAUCCCGUCUAUCCGCGCUGCUACAUCAACGACGAUCAUGAGCUGAAACUAACGGGAUGCUCGGAUGCACCUGUUCACGAUCGUGGUCUGUGCGGGAACCCGGGUUCCUACAACAUAAGCGAUGUUGUCGAUCGAAACGCUCGCUCGAGCAUUAUGUUCGCUGCGGAAGCUCCCAGCGUUUCUAUGUUCUGUGAUGAGGGAACCCAUAAUCGGUAUGCGCCGACCAAACAGAACCAACUUUGCGACCGUCGCAGCACUCUGGAUGUGAUCCUCAAGCACGACGACUUUAUCAUGGAAAAUCAAAUCAACACAAAUCCUUCGAUCAUCGUGAACACCACCCCCAAAUUCAGCUACAAAACACGGAAAGCCACUCGCUAUGUCAUCAUCAUUGAUGAAACGCUGGAUAUGCAACUGCGUGAAUCGUGGAGCUUUCUGCGUUCCGCUAUGCGGAAGUGGGUUGUGCACGAUCUACCCGCCAACACCGAGGUCGGAAUGGUUUUGGCGAACGAUACCGCCACCGAGAAGAUGCUUCAAAUUUCCUCCCUCUACAUCCAGGAAAACAAAGACCUGGUGGCAUCCUUUAUUCCGUACUCCCCGAGCGAUUCGCGUCAGCCAGCGUGUCUCACGUGCGCCGUCACCGAUGCCAUCCACAUGCUCAACGAGCGAACCCGUAUGAACGGACCUGCCAAUUCCAUCAUCCUGAUAAUUGCACCCGGAAUGGAGUACUCCAUCGAUCAUACCUCGCUGGCCAACGCCGCCCGGUCGUCCCAAAUCCGAAUCUCUACCAUCAACUAUCCUAAUGUGAUACGCCGGCAGCCUUUGGAUGCCUUGGCUAUCGCUACCGGUGGUUUCGCUUACUCAGCUUUCGAAAGCAAGUACAACCUGGAGAAGAGUUUUCUCACCACCUAUUUUGAACUCUCGAACACCUUGUUCAAUAUUGGUAAGCUGUACUACGAGGGCCACACGAACGACCUGCCGAUUGAGAUCUACCGGCGACAACUGGUCGACUCGGAGGACGCCGAUAGCGCCAACUUCAUGCUGUCGAAGCGAACCAGCCGAACCGUAACGGGAAGUUUCACCCUCGACUCGUUCAUGGGACCUCCGGCAUACUUCUUCGUGUACGUACACAAUCCCGAGUACCCACUGAUCGCGAGCAUGAAGCUGACCAGCCCCAGCGGCAUUGUUUACUCGUCCCGCAGUGAUGCCAGAUCGCUGGUCAAGCAGUUGAUGGUGUCCGCCACCCUGAACGAAACGGGCACAUGGAACUACAAAAUCGAUCGCUUCAAUGGUAACCCUCAGCCGCACUUCGUGCAGGUCAUCGCAACGCCACGAUCGAAGCACGCGCCGACAAUUCAGGCGCGCUCGUGGAUCCAGCAGCGAGCCGACGGUCCCCCGAUCAUCUACGCCGAGGUGCGGAAGGGCGAUCUUCCCAUAAUGGGCGCACACGUGGAAGUCGUCGUUUCACGUCCCGAUGGGAUCUGCCCUACCGGAAGUGGUAACGAUUGCCAGCAGCGGUUCCGCCUGCUGGACUCCGGCUCGGGUGAUCCCGAUAUCACCAGAAACGAUGGUAUCUAUUCGCGGUACUUCAACGCGGAUGAUUUCGGAGGCGCCGGAGCGUAUCAAUUCGAGGUGACCGCGACGGAUAACGAUAACAUGGCGUACACUCGCUCGGAGAGUGUGCUCAAGGGAGCUCCGGCGAGAUGUUGUGGUAGCUCGGUUCGAACGACUCUGAUGUCCUCGAUCGUACCCUUCCAGCGUACGCUGCAGACAAUGACCGUAUUCCUUUCCCAGGAUCAAUUGGAUGAAACUGGAUCGCGUCGGAUGGGCAAGAUCAGUGACUUAACGGUGGAUGUCGAGGGAAUGAAGAUUCGCCUCAACUGGACCACUCCCGACAUGGGAGGUAGAAGCAUCGCGCGAUACGAGAUCAAGUACGCUACCUCGAUUCGGGAUAUUGUGGAUUACUACGAUACGGCUUCUUUUUUGUGGCAUCACGACACUCCGUUGAUCCAUUCAAUCGGAGAGGAAAGCACCUUCACUAUGAACAUGUCCCACGAGCCGCAUCUGAUCGGACAAGUGUUAUAUUUUGCUGUCCGAGCGCACGCGCUGGGGGUUAUGGGUGGUGCUACCUCAAACUACGUUAGAGUGUUUAUUCCGAAACCGAAACGUGCCACUUCCCUCUCGCCAACCACAUCCAUCGGUACGGAAAGCUACGGUGCGGUUUGGAACUCGUACGACGAGAUUCGCGAAAGUCGUAACCAUAGGGUGAGCAUUCAUCAAAGAAUUGCAGACACGAUUAGCUUGGAAGUGGAAGUGCUGGUGGCUAUUAUCGCCGGAACGAUAUUCUUGAUUGUGGUUAUCCUCAUAUGUUGCUACUUAUAUUUCGUUAAAAAAAGAAACAGUACCCAUGAGGACGAUCAGAAAAGACCCAUAAAACCGUUCCCAAACGAAACUAAAACAGCUCUUGGACAUAAUGUAUUCGUGACAUCCGGUAAUGUGACAUCAUCGUCAUCCAAUACCACGGGUUCAACGUCCGCUUCGCCUGAUUACGUACAACAGACGACCGUUACCAGCAACAUCCCCACCAUCUACAGCUCCCGAACGCUACCGAUCGAGCAGAAGCUCAUCGAAGAGAUGAAACAACAGCAGAUAACGGACACCCAAUCAUUCAUCGUUGCGCCAAACGAUGUCAUCAAUUACAACGCAUCGCUCUCGCGAAGCUACAAACAACCACCCGCCAUAGUCGCCGACAACCGAACCUUGAGUCCGUUCGAGUCCUGGUCGGCAUCGCAGCUUCUGCAGGAGCACGAGCAGAACCAACGCCGCCGCAGUCCGAGUCUCAUCGACAACUACCUGGACAACGAUGUCCAGCAGUUCUACGCCAGCCAACACGAUCAGAUGUCGCUGCUGAGCAGCAACCCACCGUUGCCACCGCCACCUGUGUAUUCCACCGCGAACACCCCCUACUUCUACGACCAGCAUCACAUGCACCAACACCAGCCACCGCUACAGCCGCCACAGCAGUACAGCAACGAGGCGCUGAAUCCGAUGACCGCGCCGCUCCACGUCACCAUCACGUAAUAGCUGCCGUCCGCUGCUGUACCUUAAAAAAAUGUACCUAUUCGAACAUAAGAAAACAAAACAGGAAUCCAGAGAACGUAGUAAAUAGCCCAUGACCGGAACGUCGGUCAUCCGGUCGCUGCGGUUUCCGUGGAAGACGCAGCACGGGAUGAGAGUUCCUGGAGAGUCACUUUGUGUGGUGGCUGUGAAGAAUGAUGCUUUAUAGUGAUGAUGAGAAGUAAUACAUUCAAUAAUGUUCGAUUGCCAGAAAGACUGAUUUCCAAGUUGGAUUAUGUUAGCAUUUAGUUAAGUGAUUUUCCACUUUGUCGGACUCGAUUGUCGACAAAAGAGGAGACCUUGGUUGCAAUUACCCACUGCAAAUUCCGGACAGGUGGCAAUACAAACGUAUUGCGAUGACGAAGGUGGCAGCUCGGCCAGUAAGGGAUUUGAUUGAUGUUCGCUAGUCCUUGAUUCAAAGUGUUAAACUGCAAGUUGCUUUGGGUCAACUGUGUUCGUAUGUAAGCUUUACUAAGUGGUAUAAG